ACCCUGCACUCUGUAAGGUAGGAGUAGACUGUACCCUGCACUCUGUAAGGUAGGAGUAGACUGUACCCUGCACUCUGUAAGGUAGGAGUAGACUGUACCCUGCACUCUGUAAGGUAGGAGUAGAGGCUGUGCCCAGUACCCAGCACAGGAGGAGUAGUAACUUUGCAGACGGGCAUCAUGCAUCUGCUGCUGGCUUCUGCCGCCCUGGUGUCCUGCACCGUGAUAACAUGUGAACUUAUGCGCUUGGUGACCCGCGGCCUGUUGCGCCCAGGACUCGCCCAGGAUCUGCUUCUGGAAGUUGUGUGCACCCUGCAGUUGAGUUGCUGCACCAGGGAGAUGAUCCUACUUGGCACUUUGGGUGGCAUUGAGCUCUGGCUGGGACUGGCGCUCACCUACCUGCUGACCGUGCUGCAUUGUACGACCACCCAAGGGACUACCUGCAACCCAUGUGGCAGCUUGGAGCAGUGGGUGCGGGUACAGGACUCUGGGCCACACACCGUCCUUAAGGUGGCGGCACAGUUUGUGGGUGCUGCGCUGUCCCGGGUGCUGAUGCCCAACCUCUGGCUGCUGGGAUUAUCCCCUCUACAUGAAUGGGACGUGGGGUGCAGGAGCCCCCUGAACGUGGCACCUUGGCAGGGUGCCCUGGUGGAGAUGACCUGUGCCCUUAUCCUCUACCUGACGCUGCACUUUCUUCCUCGAGUGCAAUCCCAGUACCAGGCCCACGUGGUGGCUUUCGCCAUCACCGCCAUCGUCUACGCAGGUGCCCCAAGAACCGGAGCCGUGUUUAACCCUGCGCUGGCCUUUGCAGUGGUCUUCUCGUGCCAAGGACACAGCUUCCUGCAGUACGUCAUGGUGUACUGGAUCGGCCCCACCAUCGGCAUGGUCAUCUCCGUCCUUAUACUGGAGCGCAGCAUUCCCAAACUGAGGCGGGAUAAAUCCUCAGCGCGCCGCGUGAAGAGAGAAUAGAAGACCCCCGAGGACCCCGCACUCCAUUACAUCCUAAUCAGAACUGAUACAAUGUAUCCGCCUCUAUUCAUAUUCAUCCUUACUGAAUGUUUCUUACCUCAUUAUUUUCUACUGAGAUCAAGGACGGGAUCCUGGACCGGCGGGCACCGCUUCCUAUGGGAUCGGGUUGAAGGGGA